AAGGCCCUCCUUGCCUCCAUGGCCGGCCUCACCUACUAAUCCCGCCUCAGUCUCCAUCGCUCGUUUUCCGCGUGCAACAGUGAGAGGCCCGGUCCACCCAUGGCGGGCGACGAGCAGGAGGAGGCGAUGGGCGGCGGCGACAAGCUCAUCCUGCGCGGGCUCCAGUUCCACGGCUUCCACGGCGUGAAGCAGGAGGAGCAGAAGCUCGGCCAGAAGUUCGUCGUCGACGUCGACGCAUGGAUGGACCUCACCGCCGCCGGGGAGUCCGACAGCAUCGCCGACACCGUCAGCUACACCGACAUCUACAGGAUAGCUAAGGGCGUCGUUGAAGGCCCGCCGCAUAAUCUUUUGGAGUCGGUCGCUCACUCCAUCGCAAAUUCUACACUGCUCAAGUUCCCUCAGAUCUCUGCUGUCCGGGUGAAGGUUGGAAAACCUCAUGUCGCGGUGCAAGGCGUUCUGGACUACCUAGGUGUGGAGAUAAUGAGGCGCAGGAAAGCAUGAGUUGAAGGUUCUUCUUCUUUAAAAAAAAAAGCCUGAGCUGAACAAUUUGCUCAAAUGCUCAGCCAUUUCUGCGUCGCCCUAUAUAUGUACGUGUGGAGCCAGUGGUGUUUAUGGUGCUGUUGGUCUUUGUACUGGAAUCAUAAUCCACACUUGUUCACAUCAUGUUUGAUGAACAAGAGAAUUCGGGAAUUGUGUUCUUGCUUGCAUACAUUUUCAGGAGCUCAGCUCAAAACUCGUGUGUAAUUUCUUGUGAAGGCUGCAUGGGAUUGGAUCCAUUUGUUC